AUGAAGUCCGCCGGCCAAACGGGCGCCCUCAAGAAGCCUAACAACCUCACCGAAGGCAAGAAGCCGGCCCCUCAUGAGGCAAUUCGCUGCAACGUCUGUGGUGACAUGUUCGCCAGCUUUGACAAACUGAUGGCACACAAGCGAAUGGCUAUGAAAGCCGAGUAUACCCACAUUCACUGUCCUAUCUGCACGCUGGAUUUCAAAACAAGCGAUGCCAAGGACAAACACAUUCUCCAGCAGGAGCACCCGCAAGAGCAGAACUUAGUCUGCCCAGGCUGCAAGAAGACUUUCGUCCGGCUUGCUGCUUGGAUGAGUCAUCUAGAGCACGAUGAGUGCAAUUCGAUCAGACGACAGGACGUCGACAGAAACCGCGCCCAGAAACUUACAUUCGCCCAUGAGCUUGAGAAACGUAGCGGCUCCCAAUUUGGUGACUACUUCCCCACGUCACACCCAAGUGUUGAGUCUGCCUUUGACAAGCCGUAUAUGGCCCACCCGUCCUACUUCAAGCCAGAUGACUUUCCGGAUUUGAAGGAAGAAGAGGGUCCAAAUGUUGUAGUCAAACGGAAUACCGGCCUCAUAGCCAAUAAGACAGCGACGUCGGAUGACAUCAAUAACCCAUCUCACCCAAAAUUUGACCCUCGGAAGUACUGCAACGCUUUCACCGGCAAGUUCAAGUGCCCACAGUCAUCUUGCAGGAAGAUUUUCGACACAAGCGGUGCUCUCAUCAUCCAUAUGAAGGCAGCCACCUCCCACUACAACGCAAAGCUGCAGUGCCCUGGAUGCCUCCGCUACUUCAGAGACGCGUCCUCUUUGACGGCGCACUCCGAGUCGGAGACUGAUCGUUGCUCCAUUCGACAUUCCGAGAACUACCGCAACUACCUUGACCAGCUGACUGGAGGCAUGGCGGAUGUAAAUGACAAACAUCGGGACGGUACAGUCAAGUACGAGGUUAGCACGGAGGCUAUCAUCAAGUUCGGCACCCAGCAGGCUAAGAAGGCCACGGAGGACUAUAUUGAGAAAACGCAGGCUGAUCAACAGGAAUAUUGGGCUCGUAAUAACCCUGUUUGGUGA